GCGCCACCCCUCGUUUCCCUCCCCGGGCCGCAAGAGAAACAGUGCCCUCUCCCUUCUUGACCCCUGGCCCUUCCCUCCCCCUUCCCUCCUGCCGCAGUAGCUUCUGGCGCAGCCGCUCCCGGAGGAGCUCCCGCCGCGGUGAUGGGGUCUCGGGCCUCCACAUUACUGCGGGACGAAGAGCUCGAGGAGAUCAAGAAGGAGACUGGCUUUUCUCACAGUCAGAUCACACGCCUGUACAGCCGGUUCACCAGCCUGGACAAAGGAGAGAAUGGGACUCUCAGCCGGGAAGAUUUCCAGAGGAUUCCAGAACUUGCCAUCAACCCACUGGGGGACCGCAUCAUCAAUGCCUUCUUUUCAGAGGGAGAGGACCAGGUAAACUUCCGAGGAUUCAUGAGAACAUUGGCUCAUUUCCGACCCAUUGAGGAUAACGAAAAGAGCAAAGAUGUGAAUGGACCUGAACCACUCAACAGCCGAAGCAACAAACUGCAUUUUGCUUUUAGGCUAUAUGAUUUGGAUAAAGAUGACAAGAUCUCCCGUGAUGAGCUGCUGCAGGUGCUACGAAUGAUGGUUGGAGUGAACAUCUCAGAUGAGCAGCUGGGCAGCAUUGCGGACAGGACCAUUCAGGAGGCUGACCAGGAUGGGGAUAGUGCCAUAUCCUUUACGGAAUUUGUUAAGGUUUUGGAGAAGGUGGAUGUAGAACAGAAAAUGAGCAUCCGGUUUCUUCACUAAAGGACAGGGACCAAAUUAUUCUUGCUUCCUAGUAUUUAAGAACUGGAACUUCCUUCUGUCCUCCAACCCCACCCUAUCCUGUCAUCCCCCUUCCCAGAAUACUACUGCUCUUGCAUGACAACCUGAAGUCUCCCCUGUCCACACAGACUUGCCUUUGGUGUAUAAACAGGGCAUUGCAGAAUGGUACCCUCAGUCUGUUUCUGUUCAGUAUGCACCCACCAGGUCUCUGUUUGUAAGUGACAUCAUCCCUGUUUUGAUGCUGAAUGCCAUGCAUCCAUCCUGUCUGAGAAAAUGAGAUAGGGGCUCACGUCAAGAACCAGCCAGCACAGCUCCCACUGGAUGGAGACCAUAUCCAUGCUGCCUUCCCUUCAUCGAACCUCCACAUGUUCCUGUGUCCUUCUGUGUCCUUUACUUCCUACCUCCCUGUCACCAACCGUGUAUCCAUUUGGUUUUCAGUCUCCAUCCUUUUGAUUAAGAUUCCCUGUAUUCUCCUUGACUCUGGGCUCUGCUGUCAAGCCUGUCUCCAGUGUGACAGGAUAGUAAGUGGUCUGGUGGUUUAUAUCUACCUUCUCCUGGACGUGUCUCUGCAACAUUGCCUGUCCAGGAACUUUCUGGCAACCAGUACAACUCUUGGAAGCAUGUGACUCUCUUGAUCCCCUGCACUGCUCUCAUCACAGGGCUUAUGAACAGAGAUAUACUGAAAAGGUUGUCAUGGUGGGACUUGUAGAGCCAUGUCUCCUAGGUGGUUUCCCCAGGUCUCUCUACCUCUGGCUUUUUAUUUUCAACAUAUUUAUGUGGCUUCUUUUCUGAGUGCAGUGUUGACAUUCAGAAAAUAGUCUUAUGCCUGACAGUUUGCUUCUCUUUGGGACAUUGUCACCAAUAGAGUAGCUGUUUUGAACAUGUUAGGGGGCCUUCUUGUAGUUUUCUGAAGAGGCUAGGCACCCUGGAGAACUGCCCACAUUCACUCUGCAGCAUGGGUUAUGCUCAGUGUUCUGGAAGAUCUUCACAUUUCCAAACAGAAAGACUAGUGUUAUGGAAGUGCCUGACUUAUCUUAGUCCUCAAGAAUUAAAUUGUCCUCGGUGUCUUAAAGUUUUGCACAAAAUUCUGAAUGAAUUUUAUGCUUGGCAAAUUUUAACACUGGAAGCCCUGUAGUCAGUCCAUAAUCCUGGUGCAGGUAUUGAAUGCAUAGGACCUUCCUAGCUCCUUGUGUAGAGUGUAGACCACUGCACAUCCUUUAGGAGUAUAGGACCUAGCACUGGUGACACCAGCUGAAGUGAAAGUAGAGGUCUUUGAGUGACCCAGCUCAACUUUUGGGCCAGUGUCAGCUUGGUUUAGACCUCACUGAAUCAGGCUGCUUCUGUCCUGUGUCUGUGUAAAUCUGCUCUUGGCUGGCUUUCUCUGUUGUUUGCUUGCUUGCUUCUUUGCUUUGGAAGGCUAUUCAAGACAUGUAACAAUUCUUUAGGAAAGAAUUAAAACCCAAACAAAACACUGCAAAAGGGAAGGGUAAAAGUGAGAAGUAGCCAGGAUGGAUGGCUAGAGUCUACAUGAACUGGGGAAUUCUUUAUAAAAUAUCUGUCUGACUUUGUGAUCAAAUGAUGUAAUAUAAGAAUUGUAUAAAAGGGAAGAAUUGUCUGAUACUGAUCUGUUUAAGAAGUUCUUCAGAGGCUUCUUGAUUUACAUAUUUAAAGUUUCUAAGAUUACGCCCCCCCUUGGCUGUAUAGCAAACUGUUUUAAUCCACAGUUGUGCCUUAUUGUCCCAUUAAAAUUGUAUUCCUCAAUCCAUCAAUAAAUUAAUUGUCGUUAAAACAA